AUGCCGGCGGAGGAAACGAAGGCCCCGAGGCCGGCAAAGCCGCCGUCGCUGCCCUUGUGUACCUACAUGACUAACAUGUGGCCGCCCAAGCCGCAGUAUACCGAGAAGGACUUGCCCGAUCUAAGCGGAAAGGUCUUCAUGGUCACCGGGUCAAAUACUGGCGUAGGCAAAGAGACGGCUCGAUUGCUAUACUCCAAAAACGCCAAGGUCUACAUCGCCGCCCGGUCCGAGGAGCGAGCCAAAGCGGCCAUCGCCGACAUUCAACAGACAAACCCAGCCUCCACGGGCCAGCUCACCUACCUCCAUCUCGACCUCGCCGAUCUCUCGACCAUCAAGCCCACGGUCGAGCGGUUCAAGACCCGCGAGAGCAAGCUCCAUGUGCUCAUCAACAAUGCCGGCGUCCAGGCGCUGAAGGAUGUCGACGGCUCAGCCAAGACAAAACAGGGCCACGAGCAGCACCUCGGCGUCAAUGUGCUAAGCGUCUUUCUCUUCACCAAGCUCCUGACGCCCAUCCUCGUGGAGACGGCCAAGACGGCACCGCCCAACACCGUCCGCGUCGUCUGGGUGGCGUCGCUGGGCACCGAGAUCUGCGGCGAGAAGGAGAAGGGCCUGACGGCCGAUUACGUCAAGUACUGGCCGGCCCUGACUCCGCUGGAGCGAUAUGGCGUCUCUAAAGCCGGCAACUGGGUCCACGCAGUCGAGUUCGCGAGGCGGGUCAGGGAGGCCGGUGUGGUGAGCAUUGCCUGCAACCCGGGCCAUCUCAAGUCGGAUCUCUACCGCGACGGCGGGAAGCUCUUCACGACGGUGUUGGACUUGGUCGCGCUGUACCCGCCUGUGUACGGAGCCUAUACCGAGCUGUACUCCGCCCUGUCGCCUGAUAUUACUAUGGAAAAGACUGGCGAAUGGGUCAUUCCCUGGGGCCGUCUCCAUCCGAUCCGCAAGGAUCUGCAGAAGGCAGCGAAGUCCAUGGAAGACGGCGGCAAUGGCCACGCCAGGGAGUUUUGGGAAUGGACCGAGAGCUUGGUCCAGAAUUUCGCUUAG